UGGGACCCAGCAAUGGUCUGGUCGGGGGAUCCCAGGCUAGUUUGUGGGGAGACUGAGGCUAGCAAGGUGGAAACGGACUGAGUGGUGAGAAGCUGGUUUAGAAGGGGGUCAGCGGAAGUGGGAAGGAGAAAAGCCGGGGAGUCCCUGCUGCCAGCAUAGUCUUUUUCCUCCAUUUGCCCUUCUGGGUAAACAUGGUGGAGGCAGGCAGGGCUUAUGCCCUUUUAACAGAUGAGGAAACUGAGGCCAGAGAUGGUGCAGUGCCUGAGAACACACAGCCAGCAGGUGGCUAAGCCUUGGUCGGGAACCAGCCCCAGACAGGUCGCUGAAGCUUGGACCAGAUGGCAGCCUCAGACUCCCGCCUCAGGAGCAGUUGCUCUAGCUGAAUCUAGUGCCCCUCUCCAGAUGAUGGCGGGGCGCAGAUCGUGGCCCGCCAUGGCCAUAGUGCUGCUGGCCCUGCUUGUCUGCCUGGGGGAGCUGGUCGACGCCGACUCCAAACCCCAGCCUUCAGGUGAAAAAGCCUCACGGGAAAAGCACCACUUCUCGCUGAGCCACUAUGCCAAGCUGGCCAAUCGACUUCUGAAUCCUAAACUCUUAGGAUCUUUCCUCUCCAAACGGAUCGGUGAUCAUGCGAAUCGCCCAGUCAAGUAGCGGCCAGAGGAGCCGUUAACUGUGGUGAAGACCACCACGGCCCCCAGAGAGAGAUAUGCUAAGACACCGACCCCAUUUCCAUGUUUGCUCCUGACCCCGGAACCUGGAUUCCUCUCCAGGCUUGCUGUGUCUGAUGAGUGUUGGGGGUGGGGUCCUCAUCCCUUUUCUCGGUGUCCCUUCCCUUGGGGGGGAGGGCUGUGAAUGGUCCUUCCUUGUUCCCUAAAUAAAGUGCAAAUUUCUUUGAAA